AAUUUUGCCAUUACCGGAAAUUAGAUGCAGUCGCCCGGAUGUAAUUAAAAAUUGCUUUGUGCGAUAUAGAGAGAAAAAAAUCAAGAGAUACAUACUAUUUACCGUUCCUGUGUAAAUAUAACUUUGUAAAUGUAAUACGAAUGAUCAAUUCUCUCGAUUGAUUUAUUGUGUUUGAGAAGGCUUGUGUGGUCUUGGUGUUCAUGCUUUCACUAGAGGCGGUAUACAUAAUCCAUACACACGAGAAAUAGAAGGUCAAGAAGAAAACGAGUACCCUGAUGUCAUACCCAAGUCAAAAUCGUUUGCCAUAUGGCAUGACAACCGUGCAACCUAUUCCAGGCGUGCCUGGAAUGACUGGGUAUGCAAUGACUGGAAUGCCAGGUAUGACCCCUGUCCAGGUGGCUGGAGUUUCGAGGGUACCUAAUGGGAUGAGCAGCAUGUAUCAGUCAGAGAAAUCAGCGGGUCUCUACCCAGGUGCGAAUCCAAGUUAUCAGAGUCUUGCACAGCAAGGUUUUCUGGCCCAGUCUGGCUCUCUCGGCCAGACAGGAUCGCUAGGUCAGCCUGGAGCAGCUUUCUAUGGAACGUGUAAUCAGCAUCCUACAUAUCUGCCAGUGUCGAGUCCAUCUUCGCAGCAACGAUACAUGGUAUCUGCUGGUUACCCUGGUGCUGGUUCCCUUGUGUCAUCUCCUUCAAUGGUUCCUGCUGGUGCUGCAGCAGGGUACCCUCUGACGGUAGGAGCAGGAUAUUCCCUAUCAGCCCAACAAUCUUCUCUAGCACAGCCUGUUCCAGUAGCUGUGACAUCCCUAUCAUCGGCAGCCCAGUCACAGUACCCUACAUAUAUAAGUUCACAGUUUACUCCUCUACAGAUAAGUCCCUCACAGAACCCAUACGCUGCCUCGGCAACUGGACAUCCACUGUAUCCAGGCUCUCCAUAUGCAAGCUUACAAAUGGCCGGAGCACAGAUGCCAUCUGGACAGAUUCCUGUAAGAAGCCCAGCAGGUGGAGGAGCCGGGUUGCCCCUUGGUUACCCUGGAACAGCAGGCUUUUACCCGGCACCUUGAGGUGUAUGGGGGUUAUUGAAGUGUCAUUGAAGAAAUACAUGCCUUGUGGGAACGACUUAGUGCAUAUAGUGCUAUAGCCAUUACCAUAGUGAUCCAUUGUAUUCAAAAUUGCUGUCUUUUAUACUUCGGAGGGAAAUAUAACUAAUUAUGUGUCAUGUAAUAAUAACAAUAAUAAUAAUUUUGGACUCCAUGUACGGUAUAAUUUAUAUGUUCAUUUUUUUUUCCAAGUGUCAAGAAUAACAGAAAGGUAAUGGAAAUAUCUGUUAUAGUAUAUCCAAUCAUUUUCCUGUAUUAUCUAAAAAGUUAUUUCCUGUAUUAUCUAAAAAGGUAUUUCCUUCUACACAACUAAAAAGAUGCCAUGUCAUGUUCAUAUAUGUUUUUAAAAUGAGUAUUCAAAUAUGUUAAGUUAAAGAUUAAGAUAUCAGUUUUUUUUCUAGACUAUAUGUCCUAUAAUAUUAUGGACUUUAAACUGCAUAUAAAAUAUUUAUUAUAAUUAUUUUAAAAACAAACUAAAUUAUAGCAACUAUACUAGAAGCUUUGCUUUGCUAAAGUACCAAUUUCGUAAGAACAGUUACAGACAGUCUUAUCUUUGUGCUUGCAUUAAAUUAAAAUGUACUAGUUGUUAUAAAUGUGAUCAUAUUGGUUUUGAAUAUUCAGAAGUAGUUGCAUCAGCAUACAAUAUUGUUUAGAUAUAUCUUUAAAAAAAACAUCUUGAAAAAAAAAUUGACUGAUAAUUCGGACCUGUUUGGUAAUAAUAGAGAGCAAACUGAAUUUCAAAACUUAAAUAACUUGAUUUUAUCUAGUUUAAAUUACCAGCCUUCUGAUGGCUACUGAAUAUAUAUAUGAUAAUAUAAUCCAUGUGACCAGUGCAGACCCAAGGUCAGCAUGUUCAUUGUCCGCUCUGUUCCCUAAUCAUUCAGUACUUAUUUUAUUAUGAAAUAUCCCCUAAUAAACUAUAAAUGGUUUUGUCCAGAUUGAGUGAUGGACAAGUCCAUUUAAGAUAUAUAGCCGGUUUAGGGUUCAAUAUGGUCAUUUAAUUAAUAGUUUAAUCAGCAUUAGUCUCAUAAACGUGGAUUCAUACAGAAAAAAUGUUGUUAUUAAAAGCAUAUCAUAAUCAGCUCGAUUUAAUGAUUCGGGGAAACAAAUGUUAUGAAAAGUUAUUUUGUUCAUGUGGGAUAAAUUGAAUAAUAAGUUGAUGUCUGUAUAAUUUAUACUUAAUAUUAAGGGUAAUACCCAUGUAGUGUGGUGUUAUAUAAGCUAUGAAAGUGUGUGUAAGCUAUGAGCAUUGUAUUUGUCAUUGUUUUGGUGUAAUACUGCUUUGAAAAGCAUCAAAUUGUUUACUUGUUUUCAAUAGCUUCUAUGAACGACCAAAACAGAAAUUGUUGUUGAUUAUAUGACCAUUAAUAAAUUAUUUGUCACAAGACAUAAGAUAUAUAACCAGAAAACUUUCGCUUAUCGUGUGAUGAUAUAACUGUCGGUUCAUUCUAUCUGAAACCAUGGUGAUGUAAUCUGAAGCUGUCAUGUGACCUCAUAGUGAUGCUUUUCUUUGUGUCCUAGCCGGUUUAGGUUAUGUGAUCUCUUUCUGAAGUUAUCUUUGGUCAUGUGACCACACAUUAAUGCUCUUUUUGAUUAUGAGACAUCAGGCUUCAUUUUUCUUAUCUCUGUGAAAUGAUUUAGUCUUGGGUUUGAUUUCAAGUGCUGUAAACAUAGAAUAAAUGAUUCAACUAAGUAUUUAUUUAUGAUUUGACGAAAAACCACAAUUUAUAUAGAGGCCAGUUUAAUUCACGAAUAUUAAUUUUGACACUUAAUUCAGGGUAAUACGAAAAUUGAUAGAUCUGAUAAGUCCUUGACAUAAUAUUCGAAUUUACUUGUGAACUGUUUUAUUCAAAGGGAAAAAUAUAAGUCUUUGUUGAAUGUUAGGCUUUUUGCCAAGUACAAAUGUAUAUUUUCAAGUACAAAUGUAUAUUUUUCAUGGUUCAAUUUUAAUUUCCGUUGAUCUGAAUGUUUUAUGUUUCAUGACUUUUGUCAUAGUUGUUAGUUUUGUGAGAUGGUGUUUUUUUUUCUCGAGUAUGUAUGGUUUUAAAUGAAAAAGGUUUAUUGUUUGAAGGAUAGAUAAGACAAUUUCAGAUACUACCCCAAUUUGUUCAAUUGAUUCUACGCAUUUAACGACAAUAUCAAUUUCAUAAUAAAGUGUGUUUUCUUUCUUUUUUUUAAAGGUUAUGAGAAUUUAUACAAGUUUAUGCAAUGGUUUGAGUGAUUCCUUUCAUCCCAUAAUGCAGUUCUUUACCUGUGAAAUCCUUGAGAAUUUUUUUUAUAUGUGUUCACAUAUAUAUUUUCUUCAUAUUAAAAAAAAUGAACAGAAAAAAACAUUGUUAUUUUUGUUGCAUCAACAUUUUUUGAUAUUCUACACUAUUGUCAUUAUUUUGACAACCUUGUUUUAUAUUUUUGCUUUCAAUAAAUCAUUUUCUAUGAUA